CUUGAAUUAAAGAUGAUUUCCUCAAAUAUAGUCGAGAUGCUCGACAAGCUAAGUCUUGAGCACCCAACAGUUUCAUCCCAGCUUGAAGACAUUAAGAACAACUAUAAAGAGUCAAUGUGGCAUAUUAUUACAGAUCAGUUGUAUAACCUUACCUCUGAUGCUGAGUUUGACCAGGGAGGGGACCUUGUGACCUUCUUCAAUGAUUUUGUAAUCAAGCUUGAUACCAAAAUUAAUGAGCUGAAGUACAUCAGAAUUGCUGUCAACUGUAGUCGUCAGUUCCAAAACAUUGAAGAAGCAAUCACCUUCUUAAGCAACUUGGAAGAGAAAGUUAAGGAUUCAAUCGGUGCUCAGCUAUUCCUGAAAGUCAGCAUUGCCGAGAAAAGACUUGCUCUUGGCCAAUACAAUGAAUGCUUUGAUUUGUUAGAAGAAGUUGAAGGCCAGUUGAAGGCUCAGAAUGAUAUUGACCAGAUUGUCUACUCUGAGUUAUACAAAACAUUAGCUCUGUAUUACAGAAGGAAAGAGAAGUACACAGAAUUUUACCAAAAUGGACUCCAGUUCUUGGCAUAUACCCCUGCCGAAGAACUCACAGAGCAGGAGAAGCAUGAAUGGUGCAUUAACAUGGGCAAGGCUAUUCUUCUGGGCAAGGACAUUUAUAACAUCGCCGAGCUUUUGGAAAAAGAGAUUCUAAAAUCUUUGAUCAAUACUGAUUAUGAAUGGCUCUAUGACAUCCUUAAGGCUCUAAAUACUGCUAAUAUUGAUGAAUUUGAGGAAUGCCUUAGGAAAUAUGAAGACAAGAUUAAUUCCUCUGAGGAACUUGUCAAGAACCAAAACCAGCUUGAGCAGAAAAUUAAAAUUUUGGCCUUCCUUGACCUCAUUUUCCAUAGAGAGAAAGGAGAUAGAAAUCUUGAUUUUGAAUUAAUAGCUGAUAUCACAAGGCUCAGGGUUGAAGAUGUAGAACUCCUUGUGAUGAAAUCAAUGAGUUUGGGGCUUGUCAGGGGGACUAUCGACCAAGUUGACCAGAUAGUAAGAGUCUCUUGGGUCAAACCUAGGAUGCUGCCAAGAGACAAGAUCAAGAUAAUGAGUGAAAAACUUGCUAAAUGGGAUGUACAGAUCAAGCAAACACUCGAGCUACUCACCCAAGGGAGCGAAUAAC